AUGGCGACUGUAUCAAAUACAGAACAGGUGAAUGCGAUCGAAUUUUCUUCUUUUCAUUUUGUUUUUUUUUCAGAAAAGGACCUUCGAUUAUGUCAUGCUCAAAAUCCUUCUCGUCGACUUCUUGCGGAAUACGAACCUCUCGUUCUCCACAGCAGAUAACAAGAAAUUUCAAACGAUUUUGGAAUAUUUGCGACCCGAUUUGGCUUUCCUCCCAACAAGCUCAGAACUGAUAGUAAGUUGCUUCCUUCUAAAGGUUUUCAGACUCAACAGUCGUACGUUUUCAGAAACUUAAUAUAGAAGAAAGCAGUGCGUUCCAAUGCUGGGAACAUCUUGAGAAGACGUUGAACAGCGAUGUGACUGCCAGCCGGAUCGAUUUAGCUAAUAAAUUGAUCGCAAAGCAGAGAUGUGGUGAGCCGGUUGCGAUGUUGCGCUCUGAGGAUAAACCGGAUUUAUCCCCGUAUUCAUCCAACACUUGCUAUAGUUUGCAAACAGUAGCGCCAGGGAUUGAAGAAGAUGGCAACGGGCCGUUUGUGGAUCGGGAUAUCAAAUCUGAGCCGAUGUACGAAAACGAAUACGGAUACGAGCAGAUGGUGCACGAGUCGAAGCCGGAUUGGUCAGCUUACAUGCCAAGCAGCACUAUCGAGACGGAGUACAAAACUGAACCGUGUUUCACCCCAUUGAACUCUUAUCGCGGAAACAAUGUUGGAUCGCAAGAUUAUCAAAUCGGGGAGUCAUCAUGCAAUGUUCAGCCGGAGGAAUUCUACGAUGAGCCAAUGAAAUCUUCCUCAAAUGCAUCGCAACUCUCUCGCUCGGACGCUGGUCAGGACGUGAAGUCUGAAGCCUUCCUACUUUCAUUUAACGACCUGUUGCAAUACACUGAUUCGCUGGCAAGCAGCGAGCAAAUCACUCAGAAUGACGUGAUCAUGAGGCCCAACAUCGCUUUUCACAAACGACGCCACACAAAGACGGACAUGCUCUUGGCGUUCAAACACAUUCCCGGAAUCGCUUCUUGGCCGUGUAUUGUGUGCCAUGAACGACUUGAGCCCAGCAAGAUCCGUUCGAUCAACAACAAUGACGCCUACAUCAUGAUUUACGUGUGUGUCGCCAAAAAUACGUACACGCUCGAGAUUGCAAAAACUAUCGCUAUACUGCAAAAGUUCAAAUGCUGUGUGUGUCAUCUAGAUGAAUUGGUGAGUUGUUUCUAUUGUCAGGAAUAAAUUCAGAUGUACAUAUUCAUGUUUUCAGUACGACAGUGCUGUCCAACUGCUGGGCAUUACAAAUCCGGAGAAAGAUGUGACUACGGACAACCUUAAGAUUGUCGAAGCGUAUAAUGUCAUCAAAGCCAUCAAAGAUACUCGUUAUCCCCCGAAGUUGCUCCAUGACGGAAGUCGGAAGCACAUCGCCCCCUUCUGCCGAUCGGUGAGAAGCUUCCUGGCCACCUAUGGCCGCCCCAAGCCCAAGCCCGUGAGUAUCUUCCCACUUGUUGUCUUUCAGUUUCCAUGGCAAUCUGAUGUCUUGGCAACAAGCAGACGCGUAUUGAUUUCGUACUCACGUGUCUCCCUCAUCCAACCACUCACUAAUAGGCCAAAUUAUGUAUACAUUCAUUUUGCAGGCAACCAUCAAGAACCGCAUCCACGAAAAACCUUAA